AUGCAGACCCGUCUUGUUUUCCAAGGGGCCCUUCUGGGUCUCUGGUUGUGCUUGUUUGCUGUAAGCUUCUGCUACAGCAAUGCAGAGACUGUUGAGGAAGCCGGAGAACAAGCACUAGACAAAGCUUAUUCAGAGCUGCAAACAGAGUCUGCAGAGCUCAAUGAAGAAGGGAAGUUUGUCUUUAAGAAACAUCCUCCACCUAAGAUUCCCAUUGUAAAGAAGCCAUUUCCACCGAAGCCCUUCUUCAAGAAGCCACUCCCUCCACCCUUCAAGAAGCCAAUCCCUCCUCCAGUUCCAAUCUUCAAGAAGCCACUCCCUCCACCUGUUCCCGUCUUCAAGAUUCCACCCUUCAAGAAGCCGGGUCAUCCGCUGAAGCCAUCUCUACCUCCUGUUCCAAUCUAUAAGAAGCCACUUCCUCCACCAAUUCCCGUAUACAAGAAACCAUUUCCCCAUCCUAUUUUCAAGAAGCCUCUUCCUCCACCCAUUCCAACAUUUCCUCCACAUCCUUUCCUUGGGAAACCACUCCCUCCUCUGGUUCCCUAA